GGUUGGUUCCUUCUGACACCUCGGAAGGCGGAGUUACAGAGGAGAAGCAACAAGUUGUAGGAAGUUAACUUAUCUAGUCUCAGACGCUGGAGGCACCUGCAUUUCUAGUCACUUCAGUUCUGGCCAAAUUGUUAUCAACUCUAGUUUCUGAGGGACCGCCAGCCCAGGAUUCCUAUUGGGGUCACCUUUGUGCCUCCCUAUCUUAAGAGCACACUUGGGCGGGUCGGGGCGGGACGUGCUGGGUGUAGGUGACAACACCGGACAGUUUUGCUUCCAGAGGCUGACACGCUCCUGCGCGGUAGUUGUUAAAGGGUUGGGACACGAAGAUACUCUUCGCCUAUUAGGGAUCUCCCAUUGUGGGAAGGAGGCUCAGUGGUCCCGGCCACCGGGUGAAGGGAGAACGGGAACACAGCGCUGUCACCGCCGGAGAGCUGCGAGCCCCGAUUUUCUCGCCAGGCUCUCCAGUACAUUCCAAGGCUCCACCCCGGUAACGCCACGCUGACGUCCGCGCGUCGGAGGCCGCCAUAGGUGCGCGUCGGCGCCCAGGAGGACGUGUGGCGCGUGGACUACAUCAGGUCCAGCCCUGCGGGACUCCAGCAGGCGCUUCCGGGCAAGGUUCUGUGCACCUGUUUUCUCCUUCUACGCGAGUAUCUUUCCCCUCCGGAAAGAAUGGGAGAUGCCUGUGUCCAAAGGACAAGAAGAUGCGCGCCAGCAAGCCUAAGUUAACCACAGCGCGGAAGUUGAGCCCAAAACAUUGCCCUAGCCAUCAUGGAGGUGGCUGAGGUGGAAAGUCCUCUGAACCCCAGCUGUAAGAUAAUGACCUUCAGACCCUCCAUGGAGGAGUUCCGGGAGUUCAACAAAUACCUUGCAUACAUGGAGUCUAAAGGAGCCCAUCGCGCGGGUCUUGCAAAGGUGAUUCCUCCUAAGGAGUGGAAGCCAAGACAGUGCUAUGAUGACAUUGAUAAUUUGCUCAUUCCAGCACCAAUUCAGCAGAUGGUCACAGGGCAGUCAGGACUGUUCACUCAGUACAACAUCCAGAAAAAAGCGAUGACUGUGAAGGAGUUCAGGCAGCUGGCCAACAGUGGCAAAUAUUGUACUCCAAGAUACUUGGAUUAUGAAGAUUUGGAGCGCAAGUACUGGAAGAACUUAACUUUUGUGGCACCUAUCUAUGGUGCAGAUAUUAAUGGGAGCAUAUAUGAUGAGGGUGUGGAUGAAUGGAACAUAGCUCGCCUCAAUACAGUCUUGGAUGUGGUUGAAGAAGAGUGUGGCAUUUCUAUUGAGGGUGUAAAUACCCCAUAUCUCUAUUUUGGCAUGUGGAAGACCACGUUUGCAUGGCACACCGAAGACAUGGACCUCUAUAGCAUUAAUUAUCUCCACUUUGGAGAGCCCAAGUCUUGGUAUGCUAUACCUCCGGAGCAUGGAAAACGACUUGAAAGACUAGCUCAAGGUUUUUUCCCAAGCAGCUCCCAAGGGUGUGAUGCAUUUCUUCGCCACAAGAUGACAUUGAUUUCUCCAUCAGUAUUGAAGAAAUACGGUAUUCCCUUUGACAAGAUAACCCAGGAGGCUGGAGAAUUCAUGAUCACUUUCCCAUAUGGCUACCAUGCUGGUUUUAAUCAUGGUUUCAACUGUGCAGAAUCUACAAAUUUUGCUACUGUCAGAUGGAUUGACUAUGGAAAAGUUGCCAAAUUGUGCACUUGCAGGAAAGACAUGGUGAAGAUUUCAAUGGAUAUCUUUGUGAGGAAAUUUCAGCCAGACAGAUAUCAGCUUUGGAAACAAGGAAAGGAUAUAUACACCAUUGAUCACACGAAGCCUACUCCAGCAUCCACCCCUGAAGUAAAAGCAUGGCUGCAGAGGAGGAGGAAAGUAAGAAAAGCAUCCCGAAGCUUCCAGUGUGCUAGGUCUACCUCUAAAAGGCCUAAGGCUGAUGAGGAAGAGGAAGUGUCAGCUGAAGUCGAUGGGGCAGAGGUCCCUAACCCCAACUCAGGCACAGAUGACCUCAAGGUCAGUGAAAAGUCAGAAGCAGCAGUGAAGCUGAGGAACACAGAAGCAUCUUCAGAAGAAGAGUCAUCUGCUAGCAGGAUGCAGGUGGAGCAGAAUUUAUCAGAUCAUAUCAAACUCUCAGGAAACAACUGCUUAAGUACAUCUGUAACAGAAGACAUAAAAACUGAGGAUGACAAAGCUUAUGCAUAUAGAAGUGUACCUUCUAUAUCCAGUGAGGCUGAUGAUUCCAUUCCAUUGUCUAGUGGCUAUGAGAAGCCCGAGAAAUCAGACCCAUCCGAGCUUUCAUGGCCAAAGUCACCUGAUUCAUGCUCAUCAGUGGCAGAGAGUAAUGGUGUGUUAACAGAGGGAGAAGAGAGUGAUGUGGAGAGCCAUGGGAAUGGCCUUGAACCUGGGGAAAUCCCAGCGGUCCCCAGUGGAGAGAGAAAUAGCUUCAAAGUCCCCAGUAUAACAGAGGGAGAGAACAAAACCUCUAAGAGUUGGCGCCAUCCACUUAGCAGGCCUCCAGCAAGAUCCCCGAUGACUCUUGUGAAGCAGCAGGCGCCAAGUGAUGAAGAAUUGCCUGAGGUUCUGUCCAUUGAGGAGGAAGUGGAAGAAACAGAGUCUUGGGCGAAACCUCUCAUCCACCUUUGGCAGACGAAGUCCCCUAACUUCGCAGCUGAGCAAGAGUAUAAUGCAACAGUGGCCAGGAUGAAGCCACACUGUGCCAUCUGCACUCUGCUCAUGCCGUACCACAAGCCAGAUAGCAGCAAUGAAGAAAAUGAUGCUAGAUGGGAGACAAAAUUAGAUGAAGUCGUUACGUCGGAGGGAAAGACUAAGCCCCUCAUACCAGAGAUGUGUUUUAUUUAUAGUGAAGAAAAUAUAGAAUAUUCUCCACCCAAUGCCUUCCUUGAAGAGGAUGGAACAAGUCUUCUUAUUUCCUGUGCAAAGUGCUGCGUACGGGUUCAUGCAAGUUGUUAUGGUAUUCCUUCUCAUGAGAUCUGUGUUGGAUGGCUGUGUGCCCGGUGCAAAAGAAAUGCGUGGACAGCAGAAUGCUGUCUCUGCAAUUUGAGAGGAGGUGCUCUUAAGCAAACGAAGAACAAUAAGUGGGCCCAUGUCAUGUGCGCCGUUGCGGUCCCAGAAGUUCGAUUCACUAAUGUCCCAGAAAGGACACAAAUAGAUGUAGGCAGAAUACCUUUACAGAGGUUAAAAUUGAAAUGCAUCUUCUGCAGACACCGGGUUAAGAGGGUCUCUGGAGCCUGCAUCCAGUGUUCCUACGGUCGCUGCCCGGCCUCCUUCCAUGUCACUUGUGCCCAUGCUGCUGGGGUACUCAUGGAGCCUGAUGAUUGGCCUUAUGUGGUGAACAUUACAUGCUUUCGACAUAAGGUCAACCCCAAUGUGUUCACAGCACAGAGUAAGCACUCAAAAAAUGAAAGUUGUAUUGCUACUACUACUUCUGCUGCUGCUGCUGGUGCUACAAUCUUAUGUGAACUGGGCCACAAGUCCAAGGCUUGCGAGAAGGUCAUUUCCGUGGGUCAAACGGUCAUCACGAAGCAUCGGAACACCCGGUAUUACAGUUGCAGAGUGAUGGCUGUGACAUCGCAGACCUUCUAUGAGGUCAUGUUUGAUGAUGGCUCCUUCAGCAGAGACACAUUUCCUGAGGAUAUCGUGAGCCGAGACUGUCUGAAGCUGGGCCCACCUGCUGAGGGAGAAGUCGUCCAAGUCAAGUGGCCCGAUGGCAAACUCUAUGGAGCAAAAUAUUUUGGAUCAAAUAUUGCCCACAUGUACCAGGUUGAGUUUGAAGAUGGAUCCCAGAUAGCAAUGAAGAGAGAGGACAUCUACACUUUAGAUGAAGAGUUACCCAAGAGAGUGAAAGCUCGAUUUUCCACAGCCUCUGACAUGCGAUUUGAAGACACAUUUUAUGGAGCAGACAUUAUCCAAGGGGAGAGAAAGAGACAAAGAGUGCUGAGCUCCAGGUUUAAGAACGAAUAUGUGGCCGACCCUGUAUACCGCACUUUUUUGAAGAGCUCUUUCCAGAAGAAGUGCCAGAAGAGACAGUAGUCUGCAUACAUCGCUGCAGGCCACAGAGCAGCUUGGGUUGGAAGAGAGAAGAUGAAGGGACAUCCUUGGGGCUGUGCCGUGAGUUUUGCUGGCAUAGGUGACAGGGUGUGUCUCUGACAGUGGUAAAUCGGGUUUCCAGAGUUUGGUCACCAAAAAUACAAAAUACACAUAAUUAAUUGGACGCAGCAAUCUGAAAUCAUCUCUAGUCUUGCUUUCACUUGUGAGCAAUUGUCUUCUAUGAUCCCAAAGAAGUUUUCUAAGUGAAAGGAAAUACUAGUGAAUCACCCACUAGGAAAAGCCACUGCCACAGAGGAGGCGGGUCCCCUUGUGCGGCUUAGGGCCCUGUCAGGAAACACACGGGGACCUCUCUAGCUCCAGCAGGUGGCACCUUGGUACCCAGUGGGUAGGGCGAUAAUUUAUAUAUUUUCCACAGUCAGGGAAGGACUCUCACUUAUUUGUUUCAAAUUGCAGUUUUUAUAAAACAUUUUUAAAACACAAAUGGCAUGUAUGCUAAUGAGAUUUACCCGUGUGCUAUCUGUAUUUCCCUUGUACAGAACUUUUACAUUUUUAAAUAUUCCUAUUACUUUUGAUUGUGUCUGAUGGGAACUGAGUUGUUGGCCUUUGAGAAAUGAAACUUUUGGCUCUUGAGAAAGAAUUCUUAUGAAUUGUUAUGCGAAUUUUAUAUAUUUAAAGAGGGAGAUCUGGGGCUGUUAUUUUUAAACACUUUUUUUCAUAAUACAUAUUCUGAGUAGAUAUUUAUAAAAUAUAUGUUUCUUUCAUUAUGUGUUUGUAAAAUUAGAGUUUAAAUAAAUAUGCUUUGAUGCAUAGUUUUGAACUAAUGUAACAUGAUUUUUCUUUUUUAAAACAGCCUGAAAAUGUACUAGUGUUUAAAAAUAAAGAUUUCCAUUUUCUCCA